CAUUUUUAUAUUAUUCUCAUAUUAAAAUGACAACAGCAGUUGACACUCAUGUUCGCGCAUGCAAAGAAUAAAAAACGCUAGAUCUAUUGAAAAUCGCAUUGAAAUUGUUUUAUAGUCUUUUUAAAGUGCAAACUGUGAGAAUAUUUAAUAAAAAACAACUCAGAAAGUUAAUAGAGAUUGUGAAAAUGAGUGAUAAUUCUUUAUUAUUUGGCGAAAAUGUUUCGCUGACUAUGAAUGACGCAGGGCAGCAUAUCGUUCUGGAAGCAACGCCUGUAGAAAUUGGUGGAAAUGGAGAAAUCAUAACGCAAUCUGCUCAGUAUGAAAUAUUAAGUGGAAAUUUAGAACAGAUUGUCGAAACUCAAUCAGGAGGAGAUCAGCGAUUAAAAGACUUAUUAAAAGAGAUGAAUAUAGAAGCCGCUUACGACAAGUUUUAUGCUUCUGGAAUCACAUUUGACCGGCUGAAGUACAUAAACUGUGACGACUUGGCGUUGGUAUUUCCAGGGAACGAAAAUAUCGGUUAUAGAGCAGAACUAAGGGAAAAAAUAAGGCUUUGGAAGCACAAUAACAAGAAUCUGUUUCGACUCUAAGUAUGAACUCAAAUAUCAAAAAUUGGAUUGAAAAUCAACCUCUUGACUCGCCAGCUACCAAUUCCACUUCGUCUGAAGUCACGGUAACGAUUGUUUUUAAGCGGUGCUUUUUUUCUAAAUUUAAUUUUAUUGUAGAGUGUAAU